AUGAACAGAGACACAAGCAGUUAUAGCCUUUUCAACAAUCCACCAAAUCUUGCAAGGAUACGUCAAGUGAUGUUCGAAUGCAAAGAUCCCAUUGAGAUUAGUCUCGAAGAAUUUGAGACUUACUGGCCGUUUAUCGAUAAUGUUUGGGUUAAGCAGAGGUCUAAUUCGAGCAAAGAGGGCCAUUGCACUACAGACUACUACAUGUGUCGUCUGCGGCGCCCAACUCACCGCACGUCAGAGACGCGUCCAUUGCCAGAGGGCAAAAGGCCUCGGAAGAAGAGGGUGCGAGAAGGGGGGGUCUGCAACUUUCAGAUUAAGGUCGUUAGGUUCGAAGGCGCAUAUUCAACAGUAACCAUUGCGAGAACACCUGGUAGCAGCACCAUACACUCUCAUGAUCUGGACCACAUCGAUAAAGUCAAGCGAAACUCGGGGCUGAUGGAGUUUGCACGAAAGGAGGCGGUUAAAGGCUUUUUGCCUUCCUCUAUCUAUACGAAAUUCCAGGACGAACCCGACAAACUCUCCGAAGCAGGAGGGAGGUUUUGCACUGUCACAGAUGUUCGCAACGUGUCAGCGAAAUGGCGAAUACAAAAUCCAGAAGUCAAGCUUGUACCACAUGAUGGCUAUGAAUACCAGAAAGGUCAUGGGAUUGUGAGAAUCCAAGGUGCUGAUGGUAAUAAAGAUGUAACACCCGGGCCAAGGCAACCCUUUACAGACCCGAACUCUCCAUUACCACCGGAUACGUUAUCAUUCCCUCAGUUUCCUCUAGAAUUCCUGGAACCCUAUCUCCCGAAACAUGAUGAAAGGCGCCAAUUUCCACAUGUUACAUUGUCAUACGCUUCUUCUAUGGAUUCAAAAAUUUCACUGCUUCCAGGAAUGCAGACAGUACUUUCAGGGCCAGAGGCAAAAUUGAUGACCCACUACUUGAGAUCGCGCCACGAUGCAAUUCUGGUUGGAGUUGGGACUGUUCUUGCCGACAACCCGGGAUUGAACUGUAGGCUCGAGGGGGCUGGUGGAUAUGGUGGACUUGGGAGGAUGUGGCAACCACGACCUGUUGUAAUCGAUCCAACUGGAAGAUGGCCUGUUCAUCCCGAAUGCCGAAUGCUACGGACAGCGGUUGAAGGAAAGGGCAAAGCGCCUUGGGUUGUUGUGUCUCCAGGGGCUCAGAUUCAUCCUCAGAAGUUGAUGAUGUUGAAAGGUUAUGGGGGCGACUUCCUUCGAAUUGUGGAAUACAACCAGAGCUGGCGGUUGCGCUGGGAAGCUGUUCUUCGUGCCUUAGCAUCUGAAGGGAUCAAGAGCGUUAUGAUCGAAGGCGGUGGGACAGUUCUUAGCGAGCUGUUGAAUCCCGAAUACACCGAGUUCAUCGAUUCUAUCAUUGUGACCGUUGCCCCCACGUAUCUCGGCCGUGGUGGAGUGGUGGUGAGUCCAGAUUCGAAACGCGAUGAGCAGGGUAAACCCAAUGCCGCUCUAAACCCCAGAGACGUGAAGUGGACGCCUUUAGGACAGAAUGUAAUCAUGUGUGGGAAAAUCCGAACACCUCCACCUGAUCCACCUGAGACAUGA